AUGCCCGCCCGUUCUCGCGCGCAGCUCGAAGUGCCUCGGGCGCCGGCUCCGAGGGAGGAGGAGCCGCCGGCCGACUUCAUCUGCCCGAUCACGACCGAGCUCAUGAGCGACCCGGUGAUGGCGGCGGACGGGCAUUCGUACGAGCGGUCGGCGAUCGAGCGCUGGCUCGCGACCAAGUCGACGAGCCCGAUGACGGGCGAGGCGCUCGUGCACAGCUUCCUCGCCCCCAACCACACGCUGCGCCGGAUGAUCCGGGAGUGGGAAGAGGCGAACGCACGCUGA